GAUUUUUAAAAAGUGAAUGUUUUUAAACCAAGUUCUUCUAAAAAUGUGUAAAAAUCACCGAUUUGCUUUACACCAAAUCACAGUUCCAUCAAUUUGAUACCAAAGGAAAUCGAAGAUGGCAGCAAGGUUGAGCCACGUAGCAUCACGGAUCAUGGGCGGCAACGGCGUCGUUUCGCGUUCCACGGCUUCAUCUCUCCGGCAACGCUCCGGCAUGGGCCUCCCCGUCGGAAAGCACAUCGUCCCCAAUAAACCUCUUCCAGUGAACGAUGAACUUGUGUGGGAUAACGGGACUCCCUUUCCUGAACCUUGUAUUGACCGGAUUGCUGAUACUGUUGGGAAGUACGAAGCAUUGGCUUGGUUGUGCGGUGGAUUGGGAUUUUUCGCGUCUCUAGGGCUUUUAGUGGUGUGGAAUGACAAAGCUUCUACAAUACCAUUUACACCCAAGGUGUACCCCUAUGACAACUUAAGAGUGGAGCUAGGUGGAGAACCCUAGCUUGGUUGCUGCUCUUAGACUUUCGUCUCUUUUUUUCUAACCUCUUACACCGUUUGAGGUUCUAAACGGUGACCAAACGAUGUAACUGAGUCUUGCAAACGAAGUUAACUAAAAUAAGCUAGAGCGGCAAUAAUAUGAUUCUGCAAUACUUUAGUUCUUCAUUGUUCUGCGUGUGGUUUUUUUUUCUUGAUUCAAGAGAUUAUGUAUGACAAUGAUGAUGAUGAUGAUGAUCUCUUUAUCUUUUUGUGUUGA